AUGAUAGUAGACUUUUGUUCCUACAACAUUCGAGGGUUGCAUAAUAAAAUUUCUUUUGCGAAAGAUUUCUUAAGCCAUAAUAAAUUUGGCAUUGCAGCCCUCCUGGAAACUCACGUGAAAAAGGAAGAUGCUGCGUUUUACUCAUCUAUAGUUGCUCCUAAAUACAAGUGGUUAUUUAAUUAUGAUUAUCACAAUAACGGUCGUAUAUGGGUCGGAUGGGAUGAUACUAUUUGGCAUGUUACUCUCAUUGAUGCUUCUGCUCAGCAAAUUACCUGUGAGGUUAAGCAUGUUGAUGGCGGCUCUUCUUGCUUACUUUCUAUAAUUUAUGCCUCAAAUGAUGGGGUUCUUAGGCGGCAUCUUUGGACUAAGCUUACCAAUCUUCAUCAGAGGUAUAAUUCUAGUGCUGACAUGCCUCCUUGGUGCCUGAUGGGCGAUUUUAAUAUUUUUCUUAACUCUUUUGAAACCAAUGGUUUAAUGCCUCGAAGGCAGGGCUAUAUUUUUGAAUUUCGCACUUGUAUCAAUGAUUUGGGGCUGGUUGAUUUGCGGUACCACGGAGCUGUGUUUACUUGGUGGGAUGGGAACAUUUCCGCUCCGGUUUUGCGAAAGCUUGAUAGAGUUUUGGUAAAUGACACUUGGCUUCGCACUUUUGAUCUUUCUCUGGCUAAUUUUCUUCCGCGUGGUCUUUCUGAUCACAAUCCAGCUACUGUGUAUCUUGGGAUCGUUCGUGAUACCAUUCACAAGCCAUUCCAGCUGUUUAAACACCUCAUGGAUAAUGAGCAGUUUUUAUCUACUGUUCAGCAAGCUUGGGAAGACCCUGUUAUUGGUGAUAAGUGGUUUAUUGUUACCACAAAACUCAAAAGAGUUAAGCUUGCUUUAAAAAAUCUCAAUACCUCAGGAGGUAACCUUCAUGCUAAUGUUUUGAGUGCCCGCAAUGCUCUUCUAAACUUCCAAGGUUUGCUUCCUAUGGCUCCAUCUCAUGCGCAACGAACUGAAGAAGGUAAACUUAGUAAUGAUUUGAGACGUGCCCUUCUUUUGGAGGAGAAAUUUCUAAAACAGAAAUCUCGUGUUCGCUGGCUCAAUCUUGGUGAUGGUAACAAUAAGUUCUUUUAUAACUCUUGUAAAGGCAGGUGGAAUGCUAACAAAAUCCUGAAUAUUUAUGAUGAGGAUGGGAACAACUUUACUGGGCAUAAGAACAUUGCUUCGGUUGCUGUUUCGUAUUUUAAGAAUUAA